AUGGCGUCUGCCUCUGCAUCCUCAUCUCAGUCUGGCGAUAACGGGAAUACGAGACCUGUGGCCUACUUGAGAGAACUCGAAGCCAAAGCCAAAGCUUACGACGAUCUCCGCACGUCUCAGAACGCUCAACCGCAAACCACAUCAACAGCAAAGCCUAAUCGAAACUCGACGGAGGUGAACGACGAAGAUUUCGAAGAUGCCCAUCCUCUACUCGAACCCUUCAACCAACUCAGCGUCCACAAGCCAUCUACAAGCUUCAAAGGCCCCGGAUCUUCAGAUAACUUCCUCCGAAGCGUAAGACAGCUCUCUGGCUUCUACGGUGAUGAUGGAAGUCUAGACGCCAACCCUAACUAUUUUGAGCCGAGUGCUCUACCUUCACGACGGGAAAAGGGGAGAACACGCGUGCGUCUACCGCCGAUCGAUAUUGCUCGACGCCUCUUCGCCGCACAAUACACCUACAUCGGCACAAUAUUCUCCUUCACCGACCCGAAGGAGAAGUUUGACCAGUUGCUUGUCGACGCAUAUCGUGGUCCGCCAGAACCAUCCGACAAAGAGGCAUGCCUCUCGUACGCCAAGGUCCUCAUCAUCCUGGCUUACGGCCAGUUCUAUUCGGUAAACCAGUGGGUUGACUUUAGAGGGCCUCCGGGGUUUGAUUACUUCACCCAUGCUCUCAACUUGCUUCCCGACACACACGAAGAGGGAUCGAUCCUCUGCGUCGAGACCCUGGCCCUCAUCGGUUAUUUUAUGCAGAACAUGAACCGUCGCGAUGCAGCCUUCCUCUACACCGGAAUGGCUCUGCGUAUGGCUAUCUCUCUUGGGCUACACCACGAAGUUGGCUACAGCCCAACCCCAAAUCCGUUACAAUGCUCGGAGACCAAUCCGGAAUUGAUGGAUGACGAGACGCGCGAGCAUAGACGUCGAGUGUGGUGGUCAGUCUACAGCUUAGAUCGUAUCCUGUCGGUCAAAUCGGGAAAUCCCAUCACCAUCCAGGACGAAGACAUCGGCGUGGACCUGCCCUCAAGACUAUCCAGAGAGCCAGAAUACUGCCCUGCGGUGGUACUGACCCAUUACACCGAGCUUUCUCGAAUACUCGGGGAAAUCCACAAUACCAUCUAUCGCAAAACAAGCAAAACGGCGCCCAAGUCUGGCCAACGUCUGAUGGCUUCCGUGCAGGGCAUCAUUUUGGGUCUAUCCAAGUGGAAUCAAGACUUGCCGGAUGAGCUGCGUUUCGAUCCUGCCCGGCUCAGCAUCAGCCGCGAGAGCGUUAGCACUUUUGCUCAUUACUACCAGUGCAUCAACAUGACUGCAAGACCACUGCUGUUCCACGUUGUGCAGAAACGAUUGCAGAGAAUCAGAAGCAGUAAUGAUACAAGUGAGAAGGAGCGAGACUGGAAAGAAGGCCUGUCGCAGACAACCGUCAGGGUGAUUGAUAUGUGCAUUGGCGCUGCUCAAGAUACCAUCAACAUGAUGACUGUUGCGGCGCAGAGAGACCUCGUCGCAACUUAUGGCUACAUGGACGGGGAGCACGUAUUCUCGGCAGCGAUAGUUCUGGUCAUGGUCUGCGUCGCAUUCCCCACCAACUCCUCCAACAUCCUGGCCAUGAACGCCGGGCUCGAUCUCCUGCGAGGCAUGGGUGAACGUGGGAAUAGUUACAUGGGUGCCCGAUAUGAACUUCUCGCCAACCUACGCUCGGCCGUCAUGUCCGAAACGAAUGCUCAGCUUGAGCCGCUAGCGCCCUUCCCGACCAACUUUUCACCGACUGAAUCGCUGAUGCCAGCUGGACUCGUGCCGCCAAAUGUCGCCAUCUUACCAGUGAGUAUGGGAGAUGGGCAAAGCAAUCUUCUCGCGAUGCGGUAUCCCUUGGGCCAGAGCAUGAUCGGAGAGCGGGUCACGUUUCCUGUUGUCGAUAACAGCUCCCUGGGCGAGCCGUUUUACGACGAGAACAUGAGCACGAUGAUGGACUUUGGUCUUUGGGAGGAAGGGUUUGCCGAUCCGGCCAUGGAUGCGAGCUUCGAUUUCUCGCAAUGGACGCAGGCAACGGGCAUGACUCAAGCGGAUGAUAGAAUGGAUGUGUGA